AUGGCGACCAGCAGCAGCAUCCUGAUUAGCAGCGGCAGCAGCAGCAUCGUGUUUGAGGGAGGGGAAGCCGCCAUCGUCGGCAAAGGGGUGACGGGCGUCGUCAAGAGGGGGCGCCUACAGCAGGGAGGGCAUGAGGAGAUGGCCGUCAAGAUGGCGUUUGUGGGCGACCCGUCAGACCCGGCCUGGGUCAAGAAGGAGGCGGGGAUGAAGGUCGAGGAGGACAGCAUGCGGCAAGCGGCCGGCCGCCCUCCCUUCAUCGACCUCCUCGCUUCCAACACCGACUCGGAGAGCCCAGCCAUUGUCACCGACACCGACGGCACCACCCGGCCCGCCCUGUGCAUAGCGAGUCCACUGCUUAGCGGUGAGUGGGUGGGUGGGCUGCACUGCACGGCACACAGACAGUGUCGGUCCUUCUGACUAUGACCAUACCUCUGCUCUCGUGUGUGUAUUGUGUGUGCAGGGGACAAGUGGGUAGAGUUGAGUGAGUUUUUUGGCUGGGAGGAGGCCAGCCCUGGGAGCGAGGGCAAGACCAAGCACAACCUGGUCGAGGCCUGCGAUGCAUUUGACAAGGAGGGCAACACCCCGAGGGCGAGAGAGGAGCUGUGGCGUGAGACCAUCAUCAUCACACGCGCCCUUCUCCUCGUCCUGGAGGCCCACGAGGCGGCAUACUCCCUGGGCAUGCUCCACCUUGACGGGUUCUACAACAACAUCAUGCUCCCCCGAGCCGCCCUAGAGUCCCCAACACCCUCAGCAUCAGCAGCAUCGGCAGCGGCGGCAGCAGAUGACGGCGACAAGCAGCGCGCCAAGGCCAUCGACUUGGUCAAUGUCAUCGUCGCCAAGGCCAGGAGCGAGCACCCCACCCCACCCCCGGAGCAUUCCUGCCCAUUCGCCGCCCUCGUGCCCACCGAUCCUCAGCAGCAGCGGCAGCAGAGGCAGCUGCCGGCCGGCACCACAACCUUCACCCCGCCGGAGGUGCAGGCUCUCCUCUCGGGGCCGCCGUCAGUGGAGGGAGCUGUGUGGCUGGGCGAGCCGAGCCUCGCCUGGUCGUUCUGCAUGCUCAUCUACGCCGCGGCGCUCGGCCGGCCCAUGGGCGACGUGCUGCUGUUUCUCAUGGAUCAGAGGCUCUGGAGGACGGACGAGAAACUGAGCAUCGCGGCGGCCCGGGAAGUGGCGGAGGAGGAGAUGCUCAGUGAGUGGGAGCGCUUCACGCAGAGUGGCAAGCUGGUCAACACCAGCCUCCCCACAUUCGCCCCGCAGAUCGACGGCCUCCACCCGAACCGCUACGGUUAUGACACUGAUGAGCGGCUCUUCAACCUGGGAGAGGAGCAGGGGGUGGAGUGGCUGGCUGAGUGGAGGAAGAUGCUCACUGCCAUCGCAUACAUGAGGCGGGAGGACGAGCCCGGCCAGACGGGGGAGGAGCGGGGCGGCCUGGUGGCGGACCAGUCAAGGAGGAGCACUCUCAAGGAGAUCCGGGAGCCGCUGGAGGCCGUACUGGCAUUCCUGAAGUCUCCAGAGGUGCUCGACGCCGUCCAGACAGGCACCCCCUUCGAGCUGCCCGAGGGAGAGGAGGGAGAGGAGGGAGUCGACGAGAGGGCCACGAUGCCGCAAGGCCCUGUCGAAGGAGCCAUUGAAGAUGGUAAGUUGGCGGGCAUCUCAUUUCUAUAUCUCUCUCGGUAUAUGUGUGUCUGUUUCAGCAUCUGUGGUCGAUACUGUAGUUGAGAAGGAGGAGCCGCCCACGCCCAAAUCACCAACGGACACCAACGUGCAGAUGCAGCACGGCGCCGCACCCCACCCCCGGCAGCCAGCUGCAGUGCAUCACACACAGCAGCCAACCCCCCCAUACCCUCGAUUGCCACAUCAGACGGGGGCCAGGCUGUUGGGCCGAGUGGUGGUAUCCGAGCAGGAGCGGUCGCGGCCUGGGGGAGAGAGAAAGGAAUAGUGUCUGAGGGAGAAUGGGGGAAAUCAUGUGUUCGUUAAACGCUAUAUUUCGUCCAGACGAAUGUGUGUGCUGCAGGUGUGCUGUAGCUCGUGUG